AUGACGCAUCCGAGGCCGGCAAGAAAACAAAUGAGAAAGGGCACCCACAGCUGCGUGGAGUGUCGACAGCGAAAGGUUCGCUGUGUCUUUCCAACAGGGGAAUAUCCGUCGAAAAAAUGUUUAAAUUGCUCCAGACGCGGAGCAGUAUGUGAGUCCCAGGGCUUUCCGGAAGAGCGCCCAAAUAUUACGGAGGCUGCUGUAGAUCAAUCGGAACUCCUUUCAAGUGGACCUGCUGGUCCUGAGUUGAAUUCAUCAUCGUCAUCAUCCAUCACGACCACUUCCUUUUCAGAAGCUCUUAAAUGCUUGCGAACCAAAGUGGCAAAGUCGCUCCAGCAAAUACCUUGCACGUCGGUCCCAAAUCAAGCUCCGCUGUCAGGGGAAACUUCUCCAAAUGAUCAGACCGCUGGCUUGUCGCAACAUAUCCGGUCUGACCGUGUACAUACUGAUUGUGCACCACUUGUAAAGCUCUUUGACAAUGAAAUGGCUGGUCAUUUCUUUGACCUUGAUCAGUCUUCACGGAACUCCAGGACCAACCCGCGGCCUACUUUUGCUAUCUCUGCCCAACAUGCGCAAGCCGUAAAAGGACUCUGUGCAGCAUUGCCGUCGGAGCGUGAAAUGCAACAGAUUUUCGACAAAAGAAGCGACUGGUGGACGAUCUGGCGCGAGUCCUUUGGCUUACUCUGGGGGGAUGAAUCAGACGUGACCCUCCAAGAUUUCGCAGUCAAAGCCUUCAACGAUGGACAUCCGGCAUUACUCGCUACUCUCUUGGUCUGUUUCGCCUUGAGCGUGGGUAAUUAUGAAAGAUAUAUCCCGCCUGUUGAACGCUGGGUCGUCAAUGAUGAUGAACUGGCUGGUUCCGAAUACGGCUUGCAGUGUUUGAUGAGCCUCGGCCUAUGUUAUCUGAGCGCGCUGCAACCUCGUCGUACGUGGCUUGUCUAUCGAAGAGCCAAUUCCUUGGUUCAGAUGCAAGGGAUCCAUCGGUCUCACAGAGCGUCGGAGAGACUGGAUUCAAUCUUUUGGCAACUCUUUGACGCUGACCGUUGGGUGAGCCUCCUGAUAGGACUGCCCUAUUCAGUGCCAGAUAAGUUGUGUGAUUUACACAUUCCGUCUGAGGAUCAGGUUUCAGUAGUCACUUUUCAUUACCGUCAUAUGUCGGUCCUGACAGGCCGCGUCAUUGAUUGCCUCCAGGCCAUCAAUGGUCCUUCUCUAUCCGCUAUAGCUUCGAUCAGUGAACAGAUAGACGAUGUCAGUUCUCACCUGCCGCCGGCUUUCCUGGAUCUUGACCAGAUAUCUGCCUGUCACGAUUUCAAAGAAAAAAGUAUUCGGCUCUAUCGCCUCAUGCACGUUCAUCAGCUGAAGGCAUACCUGCAUCUCCCAAUUUUUCUAAGCUCUGCCGAGGGGGAUAGGCGGGAAUACUGUAGAAAGACAUGCGUCAACAGCUCCCGGAUUCUGCUCAAGGCAUACCUGAAAAUUUAUGACGCCGAUCGCUCCAGAGCCAGGAUUGACAACAGCAUGAAGCUCACGAGCUUCUCUGCAUUGACGGCUGCUGUAAUCCUGCUUCUCGAUUUACUUGGUCAGCGGCAAGACCAACACACAACCACAUAUCUAGCUGCUACGAACGACGCCGAUAAUCAUUUGAUCAACAGGACAGUUGCAACGAUGAAAGAUUGCUCUAAUUGUUUGGCAAGUUCACUGUGCGGGCAGUGUCAUGCAGCCCUAGAAACCUUGCUCGCAGCCAGUCACAACAUGGAAAAGGGGGCGGUUCGAAAUGUGUCUUUGCCAUGUUUUGGGGUGAUUACAAUCGGCCGCAAGCAGCACAGCCGCCGCUACAGCCGCAACUUGAGCUCAAGAGAAGCGCCUCCUCCCGAGCUUGAGGAUACCAGUCAUACGGACUUGCCACUUGACGGAGCUUUGGACAUGAGUGACGGUUCUUUUGGCCUGUAUCCCUAUCCUCCGUCUCCAGAUGGGAUAUACUGGGCGUAUCAGGGUCCCUGGAUGACUUCCAAUCCUAUACCGUCUACGAUGCCCGGGGGAAGUGAAAUGCCUGCUGAUUUGACUAUUGCACCCGAUAUACCCUUUGAUUUUCCAUGAUUAAUUACAGAGGAC